CGUAAAUCCAAGAUGGCGGAUGAAUUGUUGUUGUUUACACAUAGCAACGUUUUUAUUUCACACUGUGCAGUGAUUCGGUUUAUUAAACAGCACCUGUAAGAAGAGUUGUCAAACAGGGAAAAUGUCACGGAAAUCGGCAGGGAAUAAAGCGGAUGACAAUAUAACUGAGAAAGUCCGUAAAAUGAAAGAAAGACAAAGGCAAUGGAUGGAAGAACGAGAGUCAGCGAAACAUUCAGAUGCCGCUAAGAAAUCUGCUCGUUCAACCUCAGAUAGUAUUCAAUCAAGAAAAAAACGAAGUGAGACUACUGGGACUAAAACCAACAGUCUAGCAUGGAUUUCUAAAGACGAUUACCAAGUAUCAAGUAAAAAACCUGGAGGGAAAUCUAGUCGUGGAGCUAGCAGAGAUUUGAAGUCUAGAGAAUCUGGUUAUGGUUCUCCGCCUCAAGUAGUAAAUAAACGUAACCUUGACAGCAAUCGUUCUGGUGAAUCAAGGAAAUCUGAAACUUCUAUUGCAGGCUAUGAUGAUGGACAGCAUAAGUCCACUAGAGCUCCAAAUUCCCCUAUUAGUAAUAGUAUGCUGAACAAUCAAACUGCAAAUGGGGCGGAGUCGUUUAAUAAUCUUGCAGAUAAAGUAGCUGAAAGAUUGCAAAUGAAAGAACAGAAAAGACAGGAAUUAAAUCAACCAGUUGUGAGUAGUCAUAAAAAUGAGAAACCAAUGUCAAAUCACGUAUGUUCGGGUUGUAAUAACUUAAUGGCUGCUCCUCAUUGCCCAGUAGCUAUCAUACCUUGUGGACAUACAUUUUGUCAGAUAUGUGUUGCAGAGUAUCCCAAGUGUCCACAAUGCCAGUCUGAGGUGUUCUCGACUGCACCAAAUACAGUCAUGCAACAGAUUAUCGAAGAUUUCCGAAAGAAACAAGAGAAAGAAAGACUUCAUCAGUUGGAAGAACAAACAAGGAAAUAUGUUGAGGAAUAUCAGAAUUUAAAUUUGAGAUGUGAAGGCUUAGCAGGUAUUACAAUUAGCCUUCUCAUGCUUGUUUUAUCCUCCUGGGGUACUGUCUCUCCUAAGUUGAGAGUGUGUACACUACGAAAUGUGACGUUUUAUCAUGUACUGUAAUUGCAAUGAUAUAUAAAGUUAAAUUUACAGCUACAACUUUGAAAGUCACUUUUCACAUUGUUUAGAAUGUCUAGAUUAGGCCAUAUAAAAUAAAUUCCUUGAUUCUCAUCACCGCCCGACGAUAUUUUGGUUUCCGCGUUGAUAUAUUUUUGUAUUUUGUUAUAAAAUAUAAAUUUACUGCCCAACCGAGCAUCUUCAGAGAUUUAGUUAUUUUUAUAUUUUAUAUUGGAAUUUUUGCGAUAUAAAAUUGUCUUAUCGUUAAUAUUGCAACAUGUUAAGGGAUGCUUGGAAUACUGAAGGAAAAAAUGGGCUUAUAGCCUUAUUACAACGAUUUGUGUGGACCCUUAUGCAUGUUCAUUAGCGCAUGUGCAAUUAUCCACUUAUAUAGCGUUCUUCUAUAAUAUAUUUAAGGGCAAAUAUAAAAAGACCUCCCUCUCCAAUUUUUUAAAUUUUAAACUUUUUUUUUAUAUUUUGACAUAAAAUAUAAAAUAUAAACCUCCCGCCUCCUGGGAGUUUUUAAAAUUUAGCGAUGAGAAUCAAGGAAUUUAUUUUAUAUGGCCUUAGAACUCUGACAUGGGAAGACAAUUGAGAUUGACCUUGGCAUUAGUAAUAAGAUAACAUCCUAUAAAGCUGUGAUCUCAAUGACAGAAGUGAUCAAGACUCUCACUCUGUAACGAAGCUGACAUAUUUCGUUAAGCAUGUACCCCUAAACUCCAUUUUAUUAUUUUUAGUGUCUAACAACACAUGAUUGUACUUCUGCCUAUCUUGUGUUUGCCACCCACAUGUUCAGUUAACCCACCCACAUAUAUAUUAAAUAUGUAAAAUGCUUGUGGUCACUUUUGUUCCUUCUAUGCUUACAUUAUCAUAACACUGGUCAAGGUGAGCACAAACAUGCAUCACCUGAUUAGGUCUAUUUUAGAAGUAGUAGAAAAUAACUUGUGGUAACAAAUAUUAUGAUUUAUUCUAAUGUUAAUUUUAUAUUUAACUAUAGAUGAAGCUGACAGGAUAUUGAAUUCCAUGGAAUCCAUAACAGAGGAUAUGUUAAAAGAGAAGAGAGUUGCAAGAAAACUAGAAAAGGAAAAUAGUGACAUUCAGAAUAAAAUAAAAGAAUUAGAACUGGAAUAUCAUCAAAAUGAAGAACUUAUAAAAGAAUCUUCAUCGAAUUGUCAUGCUUUAGAGAAAUGCUAUGAUGAAGAAAAAGACAAGUUAACAUUGAUUGAAGAAACAAUUAAAACAAUCAGAAAUAGUAAAGAAAGAGCUAAGAUAAUGAUUCAAAACAUAGCUCCUAAUUUAAAACUUGAUGAUACAUUUUAAGAUAGUGUAGUUUAUCAGUUUUGUGGCUAGUGAUUACUCUACAAAAUAUAUUUAAAAUAAUAAAGCAAUUAUAUGUACAAUAAAUUUGGUUGGUUGUACUGUUAUGUUGCAAACAUUUACCCAGACAGUAUGUUAUCCAGUCACAAGUUGCAGCUGAUUCCAAAAUCCAAUUUCUAUACAGUAGGGUAUUGCAAACUAAUCAUAUUUAUGAAAUUUACAGUAUGGCAAAUUCCAUUGAACUAUUUCAUGCAGUUAGCUCUUUGUCCCAAAAUUCCAGCAUGUCAGCAAUCCAAAGGAUAAAAUUAUCCUUGUCCUCGAUUUAUUUGGUCCAGCUAACUUUUGGAAUGUCAUAAUGUUCAGUUAGCUUAUCAAGUCUUUCAUUGAACUC